AUGGACGCAGCAUCUGCUUAUAACCAGCAUUCGAGCCAGGGCCGCCGCAAGAACCGCUCCUCGACGAACCUCAACCACCUAUCCCUUGCCCCGUUGACCACAAAGCUUCCAAUCAACGACACUGAGAUCAUGUUUACCGAACUGAACAUUCAAACCUAUUCCACUUCGUAUAUCCAGGGCAAGUCUGCCCCCACCACGCCCUCGCUGCUGAGCCGCUCUCCGCGGCGGGCGAGCUCCAGGACUCGACACCACUCCCGCCAGGGCUCCGCGACCCCAUUGCCAAAGAGCAAGUCCGCCAUUCAUAUAGGCCCACAGGGCAGGCCUCCCAGGUCCGGCACCACAUCACCUGGCGGGCAGAGGCGCGGGUCGAGAAGGGAAGAGCCCGCAUCUGCCCGUGGCAGGACCGACAGCGAUUGGCUCCUCCGCGCCGGUGUUCUGAUCAGCAGCGAGACCAGAGAGUCCAAAGGCCAGUCAUGGCUGGUCUCCCGCGCGAGCUCGACCAGCCUGACAGGUAUGCAGGCCGAUCGUGAGGACGAGGACGACGACCAUGACCCGGACAUGUUCGAGAGGGAGAGGAUAGCCCGCGAGAACGCGAUCGCGAGCAAGCACGCCAGCCGGAGGGGUAGCAUGGGCGUAUUUGAGGGCGACGACUCGCCACUGGUCAGCCGCACCGGGAGCUUCCACGCCAGCCGGACGGGUAGCCGUACCCAGCUGAUCACGCCUGGCGAGAGGGCCAGCAUCGAGGGCUACUUUGCUUCGCAUGGCCCGCCUGGGGACUUCACCCCCGGCCCGGAUUUCGUCAACCUCGACGAGAAGCUGGAGGCCAUUGGCCUCGACGGCGAGGCGGAUCAGGAUGACGAGGCCGACGUGAGGAGGCUGGUCAAAAAUGGGCAGUCCCGGCCGGGCACUUGGUUUGGGAACAUUUUUGGGUGGACUCUGGCCUCCGUAGAAGAGAAUGACGAGGACGAUGACCCCGAUGGGGAGGGUUCCGAAGGCGAGGCAGAGAUAUCUACACCCGAGACGCCUUACGAGAGGCAAUUCGAGGGGGCUAGCAUUUUGUCCGAGCAAAGGAUGCCCGCCCCUAAGGCUGAACAAGGCGGCUGGCAAGAUGCUGCCUGGCUUCUGAGCGUUGCGUCCAAAGUGGCAUGGUCCUAA